AUGGGUGGCCCGAACCACGAAACGCCCAAGACAGACUCCACCUCGUUCGCCAGCAUCUUGGCUGGUGUCAAGCGGAUGAGGGAGCAGUAUGGUGGAGAAGUGACUUCAGCGCAAAACGAGUCAGCCUCGUCGAAUGAGCCAACUUCCAGCACUACCACUGAGAGGCAAACAACCAUCGAAAGGCCCGAAAAGAGAACUAGGAUAGAACCAGCUUCGACAGAGGUUUCUGCUAGGCCAGAAUUGACCGAAAGUCCUCAAAUUACCUACGUGAGAAGAACAUUACACGAACCAACAGCACAAGUCAAAGCACCUUCAACAGCUCCAGUGCGUGCUAAUACUACUGGCCCAGUAGCCAGGCCUGCUGGUAGAUUUGUGGCUCCUUCCGAGAUCCUAAUCAACAAAUCACAAACAGGAAACCCGCUUUUGAAAGAGUCUUUGAUGAAGGUAACCCCCUGGAAGUUUGACUCCACCAUUCUCUCAGACUACUACAUUAAUCCUGGCCUUCAAUUUCUAUUCCUUUCGCUCAAGUACCAUAAAUUGAGACCAGAAUACAUUUGGCAAAGACUUAAGAAGAUUAAUAAGGGUGCCUCCUCCAGCAACACCCGAAACGACCGCUCGUUGCGGAUUUUAUUGACUGUGGUUGAUAUCGAUUCCCAUCAGGAAAUCCUUCGGAGCCUUCUGGACCUCUGCAUUAAAAAUGACUUGACGCUAGUCCUCGCGUGGUCUUUUGAGGAGGCUGGUAACUACAUUGUUUUUGCAAAGCAGCAGGACAACGUGCCCUCGAAGACCCAGGGCAUUAAGGGGAUAAAGGCAGUAGAUUACAACUCCAACGUGGUCGAAGCAAUGACAGGAAUACGCCUGAUAAAUAAGACAGACGUUUCGAAUCUCUUGGCCAACUGCAAGUCCGUGAAAAAUAUCGUUCUACAAAGCAGUGGAGGGGAGGAUUUGGUUAGCAUUGGUGGGUUGGGUUCAACCAAGAUACGAGAUUUGAAGAGGGUUUUCCUGGAACCAUUUAUUUACAACAAGCAAUACGAUUAA